CAGAAAAUUAAUAAUACUUAUUUUGCAAGGGAUCUGUGUACAUAUGUGUAUAUUAUUUGAAAAACUGAUGGAAAGCCAAGCAAGGCAGUGUGUCUGUAGUCCCAGCUACUAGGGAGGCAGGAAGAUUGGUUAAACCCAGUAGUUUGAAACUUACAUACUGAAUUACAUAGCAAGAUUCUAUCUAAAGAACAAAAAUGAAACAAACAAACAAAUACAGAAACAAAAAAAUUGCUGGAAGAUAGAAUGAGAAUAUAUGUGUGCACUUAAUGCUUUAAAAAAGACUGAAAAACUAUAGCAUCAAAUUCCACUCUGAAAUGUGCUACCAAAGCUUCUCUGGGUGUGCUCUACAAUAAUGUAUGUUCUGCUGUUGGUAUUUAUGUUUCUGAGACUGCAAAAAUAAGGAGAGAGAGAAUGAGUCCUGAUUAGGAUCACACCCUACAGUGAGAGGUGCAGCCCCAACAAAAGGAUUAAGGUUGGCACUAUGGAGGUUUAAAGGAAAUGGCUGACCCUGUAGUCUGAUCAGAGGACAGGGAGGAAGAGAACAAAGGAAAAACAGGAAAGAUAGGAAGUGGUGCACAUUCAGAGGGAGAACUUGGGAAAUGUUCAACUCUUAAUGCUUUUCCCUAGAAUAAUGGGGGAUGUCAUGUUUGAUCCAAAAUAAUAAAUUUUUGCUUUGUAUGCUGGAUCACUCUUUUUAUAAAGUGUCAACUUCUCAGUAAAACUUGAUAUACUUAAAGAACUGUCUAUUUGUAUUCAGUAGGAAUAAAAGUUGAAGGCAAUAGAAUGAAGAGGUCCUGCUACCUAUGCCCUCUCGCCCUGCCACUGAGAUUCUGUGCAAGGCAGCAGUUCCAAUAGGUCAGGAGCAAAGCAAACAAACCAUAGUCUGUGAGGGAGAAGGGAAUGGAGAGAAGCACAUGGCACCGCCAAUCAGCUGAGAGGCAGAUGGCUCAGGCAUGGAUGUGAGCCAGAUUCCCUGUUCUCAAACAAAGAAAGAGAAGGUGACUCUGGAGCAGGAUGGAUGAUGCUUGAAUCACAUAAGCAAAACUGAAAACUAACAUGUUCUUUUUGGUGAACACAGAAUGGUUUAAUAUCAGUAGAACCUAAGCUGAGAAUUAGCCGAUGCAAACUCACACAGUGUUUUAUAUAAAUUUAUGACCAAAGUUUGGCCUAGGUUUAUACUAUUCCACUUUAGAAUAUAAAAUUACAACUAGUAAAAUUGGUGAAUUCUAGACAAAAGCAUGCACAUUAAACAAUUUUAUUAUUAGUUGACUGUUGGUAUAAUUCCUUCUCUUCCAUGUACCAUACUGUCUAAAAGGACUGCCAUCCUAAUAAUUUAUUUGUGUCUGACUAUUUUAUCUUCCUUCUCAACAUUUUUAAACACUAUCUAUAGCAUAAAUCUGAGAUUUAUUAUCUUCUCUCUUCUAUUAUUAAAUACUCUUACCUAAAUUCUGUCCGCUCAACUGCAUUGAAAAUUCUUUUAGGAGGGGCGGGGCGGGACCGGCCACCAGGGCCCGUCCCCUCCCUUGCUGGGCGCCAGCAAAAAGUUACAGCUCAGCCCCACCGAGGCCAGUGGGCUCCCCCACAACACACGCACCAUGCCCAUGAUACUGGGUUAUUGGGACAUCCGCAGCCUGCUCCUGGAAUACACAGACUCAAGCUGUGAGGAGAAGAGAUACACGAUGGGGGAUGCUCCGGAUUAUGACAGAAGCCAGUGGCUGGAUGAGAAAUUCAAGCUGGGCCUGGACUUUCCCAAUGAGAAACUGAAGCCAGAGUACUUGGAGCGCCUCCCAGAGGUACUGAAGCUCUUUUCACAGUUCCUGGGGAAGAAGCCAUGGUUUGCUGGUGAUAAGAUCACCUUUGUGGAUUUCCUUGCUUAUGAUAUACUUGACCUGCACCGAAUAUUUCACCCUAAGUGCCUGGAUGAAUUUUCAAACCUGAAGGACUUCGUAUCCCGCUUUGAGGGCUUGAAGAAGAUCUCUGCCUACAUAAAGUCCAGCUGCUUCCUCCCCAAACCUCUGUACCAAAGGUGGCUACACGGGGCAACAAGUAGGGCCUUGAAAGGAUAGGAUCAGGGAGUGAGGAGCCUGUUCUCUUCCUGCUGCCAGGGCCCUGGGAAAGGGCCAGACCCCCUGCAGCUCUGGCACCAUCUUCUCAUUUUUUUCUCUUCUGUCCAUCCCCCUAUCAUACCCACGGCCUUAUUGGCCCUCCUUUCUCCCUCUAAUCCUGAGAUGGGAAUUUGGAGAUACAGAAAAAGAAAGACUGAACGAGUCUCAAAAGAAACUCCAAAACACCCACGAGCCUUUGUGUCCUUAGCACAUGUCCUUAGCCCAUGUCAGUGACCCAUGCCCUGGCCCGCAAAUAGUUACAUGAGGGCAGUAUACAAUUGGUAGAAAAACUGGCGUGAAAUUCUGUAAACCUGUCCUGGCUCUACCUGUCGUCCAGCCCCUAGGUGCUGUCCUGCUCUAAGUUAUAGCACCCUACACCAGGGAGUUGCUGUCUGUCCUUCUGGAGAUAGAAUCCCAUGAUCCCUUUUGAGGGCCAGUCCCCAAUGACCUGAGUACCUCUUACUAGGCCCUGUCUCCUAAGGUUCCACUACCUCCUGAUAGUGCCACCCUGAUGACCAAGCCAUGAACACAUGAGCCUUUGAGGGUCAUUCAGGAUCCAAACUAAAGCAGAGGCAUUUAGGGAAGACUCAGGUAAGAGAUACUGUUGCUUAUCAAGAAAGUUCUCUUACCCAAGAGCUGUAUUUCUAGAAACUUAUAUCCAAAAAUGGUCAAGACUUCAAUAGAUGUUUCUCAAAAAUGAACAUUCUAAUGGCCAAGAAACAUAA